CCAAUUUGAAAAAGAACCCAUUUAUAAAAAAAUUACCUUUUAAAUAAUAUGGCAACGACAAUCAGCUGAUUUUAGAUGUUUAAACUAAUUUUACAAACUGGGAUAAAGGGCGUAAUGAAAAAUCACAAACAAGUGCAAAAUUAUUUACGUUUACUUCGGUGAUUUUAAAAACAUACAUACGUAGAUAGAAAAAAUAAAUAAAUAAUAAAAUGUUGGCACAAUACAUGGAUGAGUUUGAACAGGAGCCCUUUGAGGUGUCGGAAUUUAUAGAACGGUUAACAUGGCGAAUCAACAAUGAAGUGGGAAUCACUGGUAAAAAUGCAGAUGACUUUAAUCCUGUUGCGCUUCAUGAAACUUUUAUACAAACCAUAAAAGAUAUGAAGAUAUUACAAGAAAAGCAGCAAGCGAAAUGUGAACGGCUCGAAGAAUCUUUGCGUCAAGAGCAAGUUACACACACAAAGCAAAUAUGCAAACUGCAAGAACGUCAUCAAGUCGCAAUAGAUUGGUUUGGUCAACUCGAUGAGAAAAUCAAUUCAGUUGCUGGCAAAAUUAUACAUCUUGGUGAGCAAUUAGAAAACGUGAAUACGCCACGUAGUCGCACAGUGGAGGCACAAAAAUUGCUAAACCACAUGUCCGAAUUUCUUGUACCUGGUCCUAUACUCAAUGAUAUAUUUACCGAUUCCGUACGUCUUUACGAAGCUGCCGAUGUAAUACAAAAAUUGUAUACAAUUUCGCAAGAUUUACCGGUAGAAAAAUUUGCUGAUUCAAAAAGGAAAAUUGAAAAAAUGUAUGAUGAGGUGGAACGUCGGCUUAUUGAAGAAUUUGCUACGGCACAAAAGUGUGAAGAUAUUGAAAAGAUGAAGAAACUAGCACAAAUUCUAUCCCAAUUCAAGGGCUAUACACAGUGUAUCGAUGCUUAUAUUGAACAAAGUCAAAUGACUCCUUACGGCGGUAAGGAUAUUUUUAUAGGUAUAGCGCCUAUGUGCAAACAUCAUUAUGAAAUUAUCAAAAAAGUUUUCGCCAAUCCGGCACAAGUUAUGUCCAAGUUUAUUCUUAAUAUUUAUCAAUUAAAAUUACAUCAGUAUGCGUUAACAAAACUCGACGACAAAAAAGAUGAGGAAAAAUAUUUACGGACAUUAUACGAGCUGUAUUCAAGAACGUUGAAGUUGUCUUCAGACCUGCAAAUUUACAUGUCGACUAUGGACGAUGAUUUGUUGCAAAAGUUAACACAACAAAUUUUCACAAAACACUUGGCAAAUUACGUGGAAGUGGAAUCAAGAUGUUUGACAACAAAGUGUUCCACCGAACUAGAGCGUUUUUAUAUUAAUAAAAAGCAUCAAAAGAAGCCCACAGAGCGUUUCCAAGAGUUAAGGCGUGAUAUGCAAGCAUUAAUAGGUACACGAGCAAACAUCAAUAUUGCACAGAUUGAAGACUAUGGUGGCGAAACAUUUUUAUGUGAGGAGUUGUCAAUAAAUAUGCUACAAGAAGCAAAGGCUGCACUUAAACGCUGUCGUCUACUAUCCAGCGCGAUAGAACUACCAACAAAUGUUAUUAAAUUAAAUGAUAUUUUGUUACGUUUUCUUAUGCACGAACAUGUGGUGUACGCGCUGGAAUUAGGUCUGCAGGCGAUACCAAUAGCAGAGGGUAAAACAUUUCCACAGCUUUACUUUUUCGAUGUCGUACAGAAAACCAAUAUCAUUGUCCACCUGUUGGAGAAACUUUCAAAUAGCGCCGUGAUCCCUUGCAUUAUUAAUACACCAAAAUAUUCGGAUUUUAUGUUCAAGCGUCGAUUACUAAUGGAGCAAAUUGAGAAAUCGUUAGAUCAGGGACUUGAACGAUCUAUUAAUGCUAUAAUCAGUUGGGUUAAAUUAUACUUACAGAACGAACAAAAGAAAACAGAUUACAAGCCAGAAACUGAUAUGGACACGAUAUCGUCAGCAGCUUGCCUACAAGUCGUACAAAACUUGCAACCGGCACUAAAGCAGGCCAAACGAUGUGUGGAUGGUGAUAAUUUACAAAAUGUUCUACACGAAAUUGGUGUACGUUUUCAUCGUGUAAUCUUUGAUCAUUUACAAACAAUGCAAUAUAACACAGCAGGUGCUAUGUGUGCGAUUUGUGAUGUAAAUGAGUAUCGGAAAUGUAUACGCGAAUUGGAAAAUCCUUUGGUUACUCAAUUAUUCGAUAUUUUGCAUGCUUUGUGUAACUUAUUGCUGGUGAAACCAGAAAACUUACAAGAAGUUUGUACCGGUGAGACUUUGAAUUACUUGGACAAAUCGGUUGUGCGCCAAUUCAUUCAACUACGCGCUGAUUUUAGAUUUAUUAAAAACACUAAUUAUCUUAAAGGCAUUUUAGAAUAAAUAAAUGUUCUAUUCCUAA